AUGCAGAAUGAUAACCAGGAGAAAGAACAGGAAAAAGAAUUUACUUUUGUCGAAUACACCGAUGCAAAGCUACCUACCGAUCCUGCCGUCCGCAACGUUAUUCGACGACAUGCUAUGCGAAAUGUGGCCGAAACGCGACGUCAAAGAGAUAAUUACGGCAAGAGCGGUAUCAAACAACCUCCCAAAUGGAUCUUGAACACAAUUCUAAAGACUUCGAGCUCUGCCCAGUCCUCUUCUUCAACAGAGGCAGCAUCUGCUAGCCGUGGCGAUGCAUCAGCGAGCGCCAUUGCUUCCAGCAAACGGCAAUAUCUGACCGACCCUCCAUCUCCACUGCCAAUGAGUAUUCCAGAAGCUACUUUUGCUGAAAACUUUGCAAUUCUACAUCUGGUAGAGUCACUCGCGGGACUUCACCUCGGUGUCAAAGCCCAACCAUCUCCGAAUCCGAGACUCGAGUUACAUAAAUCGCAGCUUCCCCAAAGCAAGACUCUACUAUCUUUCAUUCCAUCUCGCUAUGGACACGUUACACCUUUGACAUGUGCUGUGGAUUGUCUCGCAGCCCGUGUUCGACAAGUCACGCUCAAAGACGAUGGCUUCUCAGAUGACCCGGAUUUGGAGGUCUAUCGCUUAUAUGACAAAGCAUUAAAGGCUCUCCAGGAAGCUCUUAAUGAUGUAGAGGAGUGGAAGACACCGGAAACACUUUGUGCCGCGGAGUUACUGGGAUUCUUCGAGCUUUUGAAUGGAAGGGCAGAAACAGCGCAUUCUUGGACACGACAUGCUGCGGGCGUAGCUCAGCUUAUACAACAUCAAGGGGCUGAUCACUUCCAGACAGACUUUGAGUUGGCUUUGAUUGCGGCCUACGUCGGUCCUCUGGUUCACGAAGCGUUUCUUAACCAUAACACGUGCUUCUUGGCAGAAGACGAAUGGGAAAGAGUAAUACGAGAAGCAAUUGGCGGUGACACAUCCAACUCAACGGAUGAUAACAAUGCUGUGCUAUCUCUGUGGACGCAUCUUAUAGACGGACCGAAUCUCUUUAAGAAGAUUACCGAAAUGGUGCUGUCCCCUGAGCCAGUUCCAUCUAGCGAUAUCCAAGAAGCUGUAGAAGGCCUCGUGGACGAUUUGCAGGAAAUACACGAAUGGCUAGGCAUGGAGUACGAUAUUCAUAAUACCAAUUAUCCUCCACAGAGUACAAGCGGCAAUUUCUACGCGUGGCAUAUGAACUUCCGACAAUCCAUCAUCAGCCUACAACAACAAAAGCACGCCAGCUGGCCAAUAUUACAAGGAGCAUGCAUAACAUCCUGGCUCACGAGAGCACGCCUUCUCACGGCGUUGGCACCUGCUCGGUUCCACGAUUUAGAGACGGUGAGCCAAAAGUUUGUUUACGACAUCAAGAGCUGGAGGACAAAUUCAUCGUCUCUUGUGAAUGCGGGCCUGCUGGGCGGGUUGUUCAUGUGGCAGACUGUCUGCGCGGGGAGAGUGAAUUGCAAAACGAACGCGGUAUGGACUGAAGGCUGGUCUAUGGGGUUGUAUGGACGAGAUAGAAGACAUGGGGGGAUGAUUGAAAAGGAGAGAUUUAUGGCGUGGCUCGACACCAUUGGGAUAGAUGUCGGAUGA